AUGACUGCAAAAGGCGGGGGGAUUCUCCCCCAUCAUCGUUCCGUCGAGCUUUCGUGUUUUUCCUUUGAUCGGGCAGAUAUAAUCCAGACUGGUCAGACCUAUACUAUUUGUUAACUCGAUUAACUUGCAGAUCUUUUGAUGCUCGGCCAAGAACUCACAGCCAUGGUCAGUCGCGCUGUCUCCAAACCCAUCGAUAUAACUGGAGCCUAUCGUCGGGAGCCCUUCGAUCAUACCGACCUAUCCUAUUCGACCUCCGCCCAAAGAACCGCAGAACCCAAACACAAGCCGGUGAUCCGAGUGAGGCCACAGAUCAAGAAACCAGAGACCCCAAAAACAAAUCAUCUGAAUGUGGCUGUGCAACAAGGAAAGGUGCACAGCGACGUGAACAAAGAGAACGUGUCCUUCACCAACAAAGUCCCCCUCAUAUACAACCUUUAUGGUAAGCGCACUAAUUCAUCAUUUUGGUGGACGAUUGAGCGAUUAAUAAUCGUUGUAUUUUAGCUAACCCAUCCCCCUCAACUAUCCCAUUCCAACCAAACCCACUCCGAUUUAAGGAUUCUUCUGAAUGUUCUUGUGGCGGCUUCGAUUGUUUGGCGACGGCUAGUCAUCAUGCUUCGGCAUGUUGGGACGUGGACGAUGAAAACCAGGACCUGGAAUGCUUCCCUUCAUUGCCAGCCGGUUUCAGAAGUGUGGGCGACGUGAUUGGGUAUGCAAAUGUGGUCAGAGCUCAGAGACAGGAAGCAUUAGGAAAAUUAGACUUGGCACUACUACAUCUGAACAAUUUACGACGAGAACGCCAACGCUCGGCCAGACAAUGA